AUGGCGCUCAGGACGCAUGGCAGUGGCAGCGGCGCAGCUGGGAAGCUUCUGCCGCCGUUGGACGCGCCCGCUUCGCACCAAGCAGCGAGCGGCGGCCAGUGGGACCAGCUAUGGCCCGCUGCAGGCGGCGUCCUCGCAUCCCCGGACCGACCGAAGCCAGGCGGUGCGUUUGCCGACUCGCCGGCGGCGCCGCUAGGAGCUGCCCGGCAGCUGCAGGCGUCGGGCCCCCUGCAGCUGCAGCCGGCGUCGCCAAUACGGCUGCUGCAGUCCCUGAACCUGCCAGGCAGCCCCGUGGGCAGCGGCAGUCAUGGCAGUUUGCAGGUGCAGCAGCAGCAGCAGCAGCAGCAGCAGCAGCAGCAGCAGCAGCAGCAGCAGCCGCCCAAGCUGUGGCACCACACCCACGAAUCACAGGACCGCGACAGCGACCGUGCGCAGCUCGCGGCCACAGCAGCCGCCACGGACGCGCGCGCCGCAGCGGCCGAGCGCGCCGCCGCAGAGGCCGCGCACGCAGCGCACCUGCAGCAGGGGCGGAUCAACGCCCUCGCCGCUGAGGUGGCGCGCGCGGCGGCGGAGCUUGGGGACCUGAGGGGAAGCCGCGACGCGGCUUCCACGGCGACGGCUGCGCUGACUCAGCAGCUUGCGGGCGUGUCUGGUGAGGUGCGGAAGUUGGAGGGGCGGCUGGCGGAGGCGCGGGGCGCGGCGGCGGAGGGCGGUAGGGCGGGCGGUGAACUGCGGGGCCAAGUGUUGGCUCUGGCGGAGCAGCUGGUCGGCCUACGAGCAGAGCGCGCGGCCGACAAGGCGGCCCUCGAGCAGCUGCAGCGCGCGGCCGCGGAGGAGGCGCGCCGCCGCGGCGAGGGCCUGGGCGACGUGCGAGGGGAGGUGCGGCAGCAGCAGGCGGCGCUGCUGAGCGACAUGUCUACCCUGGCGGGCGAGGUCGAAGGCUACAGGACCGAGGCGGCGGCCGCGGGGGCGGCCCUCCGCGCGGCGGUGUCUAGGGUGCAGGCGCAGCUCGCGGCGGAGGGCGCGGAGGCGGAGGUGCUGCGCCAGGGCGCUGCGGCGACGGCGCAGGAGGGGGCCGCGGCGCUCGGCGGCGUCAGGGGGCGGCUGGGGGAGCUUGCGGCGGCCGUCCAGGGGCUGCACUCGCAGCUCCAAGCCGAGCAGGCGGCGCGGCGCCUGGAGGCGGCGGCAGCUGAGGCGCGCGAGAGGGCGCUGCGGCAGCAGGUCGCAGAGAGCGAGCAGCAGCUGCUGCGCCGCUGCGCCGGCAUGCUGGAGAGCCGCGCAGCCGAGGCUGCGGGGGCGCUGGCGGCGCUGGACGCCCGCAGCUCUCAGAGGGACGAGGCCAGCAGGCGUGCGGGCGAGGCCGCAAUGGGCGCGCUGGCGGCCGCGAGCCUCCGGCAGGAGAAGUUGGGCCUGGAGAGACUGGCUGUGCUGGAGGGGGCGCUCUCAGAGGUGGCGGCCGCCGGCGGGGCGGCGCAGGCGCAGCUGGCCUCAGAUAUGCAGCGAGGCCUGGACCAGCUGGCGGCGGCGGUGGCGGCGGCGCGCGACAGCACAGAGCAACGGGAGGCGGCGCUGCGCGAGGGCGUGGGCGCCGCGCUCAAGAGGCUCAGAGCGUACGCCAGGGACAUCGAGGAGGCUCUGGACCGGGAGCGGGUCAACCUGGAAAGCGUGGUGGUCAAAGAGAUCCAGGCUCGCAUUGGCUCCGACUCUGCCCUGCGGGACCUGCUGUCUGGCGGCUUCUCGGCAGCUGCCUCGGACCUCCGCGCCACCGAGGAGCGCCAGGCCGGGCUGCUGGAGCUCCUCUUGGACGCUCACCGGAAGCUGCGGGGCCAGCAUGAGCAGCUGGGUGGAAGCUACAAGGCCCUCGACCAGGCCCACCGCGCCCUGCAAGACCGCCAUGAAUCCGCCACCGGCCCCGCGCUCUUGCGGCUAGCCGAGGGCCUGCGGCAGCUCGAGGCGCGGCAGGCAGAGGCAGCAACGCGCGCGGCGGCUGAGGCGGCGGAGUCGCGCGCGCAGCUGGCGCAGCUAAAGGCCUGGUUCGACGCCAAUCAGGUGGAUUCGAAGCUUUCAGAGGAGCUGCUGCGACAGGAAGUCGCAGAGGCAACAGGCAGCUGCCUGGAAGCUGCGCGCGUUGAGGCGGCCCAGUGCCGCGCGGCGGCGGCGGCCGAGGCAUGCGGCAUCAGGGCUGACCUCGAGGCGCGCAUCGCGCAGGCGGCGGCGGCUGCCGAGGCGGGCGGCAGGGCGGCGGCUGAGAAGAUGAGCACCGUCGAGGCCAAGCUGGAGGCGCACGUCAGCGCAGCAGAGGGCGAGCUGCGGCGCCUUCAGGAGGGUGCUGCGCGGCUAAGGUCAGACGUUGACCACGUUGACCAGGCCCAAACGGUUCAAUCCGAGGUGGUGACCCAGCUACGCACGCGCACAGACGACCUGCACGCCCGCGCCACCGCCGCCGCGGCGGCGCUCGCCUUGUGCGAGGAGGGCCUCUCGCGCCGCGUCGACGAUACGGCCGCCGCCGCGCGUAAUUUGGCGGAGCGCCUGGAACGGGAAGUCGAGGCGACAAGGGCCGCGGCAGAGGCGACCCUCGCCUCCGCAAGGCGCGCAGCCGAGGACGGCGACGCCGAAGUGCGCUCCGAGGUCGCGGCCGCCCGCGCGGCGUCCGAGGCGGCCGCGGAGCGCGCGCGGGCGGCGCUCGCCGCGGCGAGGUCCGAGGCGGCGGCGGCGGCAGCCGCAGCGGCCGGCGAGGCGGCGGGGGCGGCGAGGGAGGCCGCUGAUGUCAGGGUGGAGGUGGCUGCCCUGAGGAGUGACCUGGCGGCGUCGGUGGCGGACUUCAAGGUUUCUGAGGAGGUGGCGUUCUUGGAUCUGGGGUCGCGCCUGGAGCGCCUUGCCCAGGAACUGGAUCACGCACAGGCCGGGGCGGCGCAGCGGGCGGCGGCCGACUCGGCGACCUCGCGCCGUGAGGUGGAGGGGCUGGCCGCCAAGCUUGAGGGCAGCACCAAGGGCUUGGAGGAGAAGCUGGAGGCCGCCAGGCAGCAGCUGGAAGGCCGCUGCGUCACGUUGGGCGGCCAGCUGGCGUCGUCGGCCGCCGAACUUCGCGCCCAGCUGGCGCGGGAGGCGGGCGAGCUGUCGGCGCGGCUCGACAGACACAAGGCCCAGCUCGAGGGCGGCUUGGAGGCUGCGCGCCAGAGGAUGGCGGCGGCACACGCGGCGGCGGACGACGCGGCGGAGCAGAGCGCGCGUGCCUUGAGGCUCCAGCAGGAGUCGGCUUCCGGGCAGCUGCUCGCCAGGGUGGCGCCGCUCGAGGCGGCGGCUGCGGCGGCGGCCGAGGCGCUCGAGGCGCACGGGGCGGCGCUGCAGUCUCAUGGAGAGGGCCUGCACGACGCUCAGUCCAGGGUGUACGCCCUGGAGGAAGCUUCAACCUCGGCUCAGCAGCAAAUCGCAGCGCUGGGCGAGGCUGGCGCCGCGCUGGAGGGGCGCGCGAUAGCGCUCGAGGCGGCGGCGGCCGAGACGGGCGGCUGCAUCACGAGUCAUCAGGACCGCAUCGGGCAGCUGGAGGGGUCCGCCGAGGAAGCUGCUGAGCAGUUGUCAUCACUGGGACAGCGCGUAGAGUUGUUCGAAGCGGCUGCUACUGAUCAGGCCCAGCAGGCGGAAGCUGCACUAACAGAGUCGGCAUCCACUUUGAAGGCUCAGCUGACAGAGGCGGCGCGGCGCCUAGAUUCGGACCUGCGGCGCACGGCCGGCGAGGCUCGGGAAGCCGCCGAGCAGCUGCGUGCUGAAGUGGAGCGGGUCGCAAAGGACUGCAAAGACAGGGAUGACGCCCUGGCUCAGCUGCUGUCAGAUCACACUUGCGAGCUGCAGCGCCAAGAGGAAGCCGACGAGCAGCUGCAGCUGCAGCUGGACGCGAUGGAAGCCUCCGCUGCAGCCGCCGCCGGCGACGCGGCCGCGCUUGCGGUGGAGGUCGAGGCGGUGGCCGCGCGGGUCGCAGAAGCCGAGGAGACGCUGCUUGAGUCGGAGGAAGCUGCGGGGCGGCUGCGGGCGGAGUCGGAGGAAAACGUGCAAGCCAUGCUCCAGGAAGCAUCUCGUAUGAUUGAGGAGAGCGCUGCUGCGUUGGACGGGCGGAUGGACCAUCUAGAGGGCGCGCUCUCAGACGAGCUGCGGCGCGCCGCCGCCGCCGCCGACGCGCAGCUCUCUGCGCUGCGCGGCCAGCUGGCGGCCGCGCGCGAGGAGGCUGGCGCCCAGCUUGACACCCUGGCCCAGGCCGUCGACGACGGCGCCGCGGAAGCCGCCGCGCAGCUGCGCGCGGCGACGGAGGAGCUGCGCGCGCGGGUGGAGCGGGCAGAUUGGGAGGCGCGGGAGAGGGACGCGGAGGCGGCUGCUGAAGUGGACGAGCUUCGGGAGACUGUUGGCGCCACAGCGGCCACAAGCGCGGAGCGGGCGCGCGCGGACAAGGAACACAUCAAAUCCGAGGUGAACGCGGCGCUCCAAGGCCUGCAGCGGCGCCAGGCGGCCGCCGCGGCGGAGGCGGACGCCCGGGCGGCGGUGGUAGAGGGGGCGGUUGCGGCGGCCAGGGAGGAAGCCGGCGAGAACCUGCGGGCGGCGGUGGAGGAGCUGCUCAGGGUUCAAGAGGCCGCAGGCGUGGACGCGGCGGCGCGGUCCAGGGACGUGGAGGGCCGGGUGGAUGAGUUGGCGAGGCACCUGGAUGGAGGGAGGGCGGAAGCUGCCGAGCAGCUGCAGGAGCUGCGGGAGCAGCUGACCCAGAUGCUGCAGGCGCAGGCGGCGCAGGCGCGGCGCGGGAUCCAAGACGCCCGAGAGGAGGCCGCGGCGGCGCUCGCGGCGCGCGGGGAUGAGGAGCGGGAGCGCGCCGCGCGGGGCGCGGAAGGCGGAAAGGCGCAGCUCGCCCGGCUCGAAGCGGCGCUUCGCGAGGCCGAGGCGCGGCUGGGCGGCGCCUUAGAGGAGUCCGAGGCGCGCGCGGAGGAGCGCGCGCGUCGGCAAGCGGACACCGCGGCCGCGGCGGCGUCGCGCGCCGCGCAUGACAUGGAGGAGCGCUGGGAGGCACGGCUCGUAGCGCUGUCGUCUGGCCUGUCCGCCGGCGGCGAGGCGAGCCGGCGCGCGGCAGAGGAAGCCGCCGGGCAGCUGCGCGCCGAGCUGGCCGCGGCGCGCGCGGACGCAGAGCGGCGGGCGGCCGCGGCCGUGGAGGAGCAGCGGCGCGGCGCGGAGGCGGCAGCAAGCGCCAUAGCUGAUCUGAAGCGGUCCGUCGAGAACUCGCAGCACGGCGCUGCGGGCAAGGUGCAGGCGCUCGAGGCGCAGCUGCUUGCGGCGAGGGAGGAGGCGGCGGCGGCGCUGGCGGCGGUUGAUGCCGCUGAGCAACGGCUGCUGGCCGCUUGCAAGAGGAUGGUGGCGGCGGCGGCCGGAGAGCACCAGGAGGCGUCCGCCCGUGCGGCUGCCGAGGCGGCGGAAGCUGCCCAGAAGCUGCAGCGGGAGCUGGCGGGCGGGAGCGAGGCGGCCGCCGGGCAGCUGGAGGGGGUGCGGGCGGAGGUGGCGCUUGCACGGCAGGAGGCGGCGGCGUUGGCGGAGAGGGUGGCGGCGGCGGAGGCGGGGGCGAGGGCGGGCGACGCUGAUCUGAGGGCAGCGGUAGAGAAGCAGCUCAAAGACCAGGCAGGCCGCCUCAGCGCCAGCCUGGAGGCUGAGAGCAAGCGCUCUCAGGCGGCGGCGACCACGCUGCACGGCGAGCUGUCCGCGGGCCUGGCCGGCACCCGCAGCGCGGCGGAGGCAGCCGUCGCGCAGCUGCGCGCCCGCCUGGACGCGCUCGAGCGCGAAGGUGGCGGCGGCCGCGCGGCCGCCGAGGUCGCCGCCGAGGGCGGCGCGGCGCUGCGGCGCGAGGUCUCGGCCAGCCUCGCAAAGGCCGAGGAAGAGUGGCGCGCCGCCCUCGGGAAGCGCGACGCAGCGGCGUCCGCGGCGGCGAGCGCGACCGAGGAGCGGCUGCGCGCGGCCGAGGGCGCGGCGGCGGCGGCAGCAGCGGCGGCGGACGCGAAGGCCGACGCGGCAGCCGCGCGGGCGAUGCAGGCAUCCGAGAUCCAGAUGGGCGUGGUCCGCAAGGAGAUCGAGGCGCGCGUCGCCGCCGCCAGGGAGGAAGCCGCCGGCAAGCUGGCAAAGGCGGCCGCGGAAGCCGACGGGCAGCUGCGGGACCUGAAGGCCGACGUGCUGGCGGAGAUGCGGGACGUUUUGAAGCGGCACGCGGACGCGGCUGCCGCCGCAGCGGCGGCGGACAAGGGCGCCGGCGACGCGUCCGGCAAGGUGGCGGCUGCGGAGGUCGAUUCCAAGGUGUCCGCCGCGGCCGCCGAUCUGCGGCGGCACGUGGCCGCCGAGCUUGGAAAGGUGGCCGCGGCGGGCGAGGCGCGAGUGGGGGAGGUGGCGGCCAAGCUGGAGGGCGCCAAGGCGGGCCUGGAAGCUUCCCUGGCUUCGAAAUCGAAAGAGCUGUCCGCAGAGGUCGAGAGGGCGGCCGCGGCGGCGGCCGCUGCCAUGGAAAAAGCGGAGGCGGCGGGGGCCGCGGCGGCGGCGGCGUCGGCGGGCGGGGGCAAGGAGGCGGCGCUGCGGCACAUGCAGGAGGCUAAGAGGGACAUAGUGGAGGGGCUGGAGAAGCGCAUGCACGCGGCGCUGGACGCCGCACUGGAGACAAUCAAGGGCCAGUCCGCGGCGCAGGUGGAGCCGCUGCGGCGGGAGUUUGAGGAGAUGCGGGCCGCCAUACGACGCAAUGCGCUGUGGCUGCUGCAGGCGCCCACAUGA